GUCUCUCUGGUGGUCGCAUUGUUUUCCAAACCUACGGACCCCGGGCUUCCACGACCAUCGCGAUGCUAGCAGGGACGAAACGUUGUUGAGGCCGCUGCUGGCCUUUCCGAAUCCCAUCAUUCGACCCACUUUCUGACGUUUCCCUCUUUUGGUGUCUCUUUUCUUCGCUCGACGUGACCUCACCGUCGCCGAAAACCUGGAGUUGUCUGGCUCCUUCGCCGAGCUAAACACAGUCGAUCUCUUCGCGGGCGAAGACCGACUUGUGUAGAGGGAAUGACGACGAUCUGACUUUAUCCAAUACCUUUGAGAUACCCCCGACGACACAUUGAUCUGUGUCGACAAUUUGAAAUUCGUCAAUUUCUCGACAGCGUCGACAUAUCGAUCUUCUUCACUUGGCUAGCCUGGUUCUUCGCGCCUGGUUUGCGCCGUCUAUACAAUGGGUUUCCUCAGCCAUCGCCGACGCGAUGUUGAAGUUAACCCAGAGCAGAAGUGGGAUUUCAUCAGCCUCAAUGACUUCAAGUCCACUUCUUGCUUCACACCCUUCGCUUACGGCUACCUCUGGUUCUCUCUGAUUAUUUCCCUCGCCGUCUAUGCCGUCGAUGUCUUCACCGCAUACCAGCUGCUAGCUUUCAACAAGUGGUCCUCGCAAAUUGAGCCCACUCAGCUGGUUCCCUUCGACAUCUCAAAAUGGAUCUUCUCCAUCUGCAUCAUCCUCUCAUUCGCCAACCUCGCAUACGAAUAUUUCCGCGCCGUGACCAUCAUGCGACGUGGAAGCGUUGCUGAGUGCUUUCUGGAUAGUUUAGCCGCGCGACUGGAAAGUAUCCGGUUGGGGAGCGGCAGAGGAUGGAAGCGGUUCCUUGUCUUCGCGGAAUUGACGAAGAGCAAGAAGGGGGCCGAGUACAUCGCCCUGUUUACCUUUUUCAGCUUUCAGUCUUGGAUCCGCACGAUUGUUUGUUCCGGGCCUCGGCAAGCUAUCAAUGCCCUCACUCUCUACUCGGUCUACAAUGCCAAGCUUCAGAUCAACGGGUCCAACUUCGAGUCGUCCCUCUCCAACUUUGUUGAUAAGAUCAGGGCUCUUGCUGCGGAGGAACCUCGACAGGCUGCUGUCCUAUCUGGCAUGCUCUUCACUCUCGUUAUCUGGGUUUUCUCAUUCCUGUCUCUUCUGUUAGCCGCUCUCUUCUUUGUCUUCUUCUUGUGGAGCUACAUUCCUCGCGAAGACGGCGGCUUGACCGGCUUCUGCGAGCGCAAGGUCAACAAGAGACUCAAACAGAUCGUCUCCAUCAAGAUCAACAAGGCCUUUGCCGAGGAGGAGCGUAAGCGGAAGAAAGCAGAGCUCAAGGCCGCCCGGAAGACAGGCGAAGAGAGGCCGAUGACGAUGAAGCCUUCUCUCCCCGUGCUUGGCGGCGACAACCUUCCCGAGAUGCCGUCCCUUAACCGGGCGGAUACUUUCGCCUCCUUUUCUGAGAAGCCUUCGCUCUCGAGCAUGUCCGGGAGCUUCGAAAUGAGCCCUCUGGAUCGGAAGCCGACGAUUCCAUUACGGUCAGACACCAAGGAGUCAGGAGCGAGUCCGUAUUCCUCGAAAGCGUCACUGCUCAACAGCGCUGCCGAUAUGGGCAUGGCCGGUUCAGAGUCACGCAUCCCGACUCUGCCGCCGGUUGAGCUUGACGCCUACCACCCGGUCCGCACUGCGACUCCCGCGUCCAACGGGGGCUUUGGGUUUCCUGUUCAACAACUCCAGCGGAUGGGCUCAAAUGGUUCAUCUCUUCGCGCCGGCUAUACAGCCAGCCCCGCUCCAUAUUCCUCUGAGACCGCACCGUCCCUCCCGCUGCCAGUCGCGACGCCAGCUGGUCCUUACAAAAAUUACAGAGGACAGGGCCCGAAUCAAUCGAAGGACAGGUGGCCCAACCCUAUCAACGCCAGGUCUCCCUUUGACGACCCCUCAAGCGGUCGUGCUAGCCCCGCUCCGUCAACGAAUUCGUAUCGCAGCGGUCCAAUGUCCCCGCGCGGGAAUGGUCCUGAUGGCUACCCCAUCCGCAGUGUCACCAACUCGAUGCCCCCUAGGGGGCCGGCCCAGUUUGCUCCUCCUCCAAGAUCCAGGACGGCGCCAAUGCAGCCAUACCAUCGCCCGACCGGUAGCAGCGGCUCGAUGAGGAGUAUGCAGAGCGCAGGCCGAUCGUACAAUCAGCCAUACCAUCAGCCUAGUGCCAGCAACAGUUCUCUCAGAAACAUGAUCAGCGCGGUCACGUACGAUGAGCCAGACACCAACGGCGAGUAUGGGUAUGCGGGGCAGCCGAACCCAAUGACGGCCAGAAACCCGACGGGUCCUUCUCAUGGAGGGUACGGUAACAACGGAUGGAAUCAAGACUUGGAGAGGGGAGGUGGGCCGAGAUAUUAACAUUGAUGGAUGACUUUGAUUUUCACACAAACAACACCUGAGUAAUUUCUAAUCCAGCCGGUUCAUCGCUGGAUCUAUAGGUAUCGGGCAGGACGCUCACGAUACUCUCUUGGGAGCCGUUCGAGACGCCAAU